AUGCAGCUAGGCACACCGACUGUUGGAGGUACUGAGUCGGUGGAGCUGUACACCAAUGACCAGGGCCCGGUGACUCUGUUCACAUCCAUGGUCGCUGGUUGGGCGAGCUCCCUUUCUAUGGGAACCUCCAUAGGCUACUCACUGGCUGCUGGACGGAGCCUCACACACGCCAGGGACGAUGCUACCGCAAGUGUCGACCAGAAACUCUUCUGGUUCGAUUCCUUGUUGCCACUGGGUGCCAUGUUUGGAGUGCUUUGGGGAUGUUGCCUGGCGUUCUGGCUCGGUCGCCGUUGGCCUAUGGCGAUCGGUUCCUUGGGCUCGUUGUGCGCAUGGCUAGUCAUCGCUAGGGCACCUGCAGACUCCUGGAACCUCUACGUAGCAAGGUUCAUGGUUGGCGUCUCCACCGGUGUCGUCUCGCUCGUGGUGCCUGCGUACAUCGCUGAAAUUGCAACGGCCAAGGACCGUGGAAAGCAGGUGCUGCUUAUUGUUGACUAUUAA